AUGUCUAAAAAUCGAAUUGACCGAAAAGCGGAGCAAGCUGAUGAAAGUGACGACAGCGAAGAGCUUUCGGACACCAUUUCCGAGGAUUCCGCCGAUUACGCUUCGCUUUUUGAGGAGAAUAAGAAGUGAGUUGGCAAAACAAUUCGACUAUUUCAGAAGGUCCGUUUUGCAACUCGCAAGUGCGCACUGCCGCACUUUUGGCGGGAAAUUGUGAAUUUUCGAGCAAAACCUCGCGAAUUUCAGCCUUUUCCAGACUAAAAAAGUCAGUUUUCCAGUUCCCGCCCGCCAAUCCUGUGUUGGCCGCGCAAAAAAGAGGUGGAACGGGAGACGAACGUGCAAGAAUGGGUGGAAAAAGAGGCGGCGAAGGUGCUCGACGAGUACUUUGAAUGCGAGCAUCUGGAGCUGAACGACGAGGACCUCGACGCGACGUACUACACGAUUCGGAAGAGGGCGAAGCGGCCAAAGUCGCCGACGAACGGAAGGCGACCGCCGCCGACGGAUGCGGUCGACGGAUGGAGGGUCGUGAGGGGCGCGUACGAGCAGGCGAUCCCGCGGCAGACGGUCCACGACCGGAGGCGCGGCCGCUUCUUCACCAUCAUGGCCGGAACGAACAUCUCGCACGCGAUCAUGCUCUCCUUCGUCAUGAUGCGCUACGGAGGAUGUGAGUUUGGCAACACACUUUUCGAAUCCAAACUCUCGGCGCUCAGUCAAAGAUCCUGUGAAUCCGUGUGUUUGCAGGGUACUUUCUGAUUCCAUUCCUGCUCUCCACAUUCCUCAUCGCAUUCCCCGUCAACUUCAUCCAAUAUUUCCUGUCUCAAUUCUCGACAAUGCCGCCGGCGGUCCUUCUGCCCCGACUCGCUCCCAUCAAUUUCUCGCUCGGACUCUUCGUCUUCCUCGUCCAAUACAUCACCUCGUCGACGGUCCGCUUCGAUCACCGCUUCGUUUCGAUGGGAUUCGAACUGUUCUAUUCGUUGGUCGCCGAUCGGCCCCCGUUCCGCGGAGCAUCCAAUGUUCCCGGCCAUUUGAGUGAGCACAUUAUUUCGGAUGAACUCGCCACAAUCUAAGCGCCGCCCGCUUUCAGACGGUUUUGUGAACGUGUGUCCGCCGGGAGAGGUGUUCCGUGAGGGAACGUGCUAUAAUCCCGACACCCACCACCACUUUGGACAGUCGUAUCGCCAGAAUUUGCUCGAGAACUUUCGCAACUUUCUCCAAGACGAUCCGACGAUUUCCGCGUUCGCAACAGCCGACACUCCGCCGGAUAGGUAUGGCCCAACAACUUUUGCGAGAUUUCUACGCCACACUUGCAGAGUGUUCAACCCGAUCUACCAGGACGCUCACUACAUUUCGGCGGCCACCGUCUACGCGAUCGCCCUCUUCUUCGUCGCCCUGAUCGGCAUCAAAACGUUUUUCACGCGCACGCAGCACGUCGUCUUCUUCGGCGCCAUCUUCUCGUGCACCGUUGUCGGCGUGUACAUGGUCGGCGAGUGGGACCAGCAGGCCACCAUUUUUGUGAGGGUCCGUCGUUUUUUUUUUGAGCGCCUGCAAAAAAUCUGAAGUUUUGCAAAAUGUUUAGAAUUUUCCCGCUAAUGGGGUUAAUCAGGCUGUGAAAAAAUGAUUGUUUUUCGGUUUUUUUUGUUUUUAACGUCAAAAAAUCGAAUUCGAAUCAGCGAUGUAAAAAAGCGAAAAAAAAGCCCCAUAAAGCUGCAGUGAAGCACUGCACCCAAACCUCUCUCGUUUAGGUGAUCGGAGCGGACGCGUCGAAGCUGUUGGAGAUUAAGACGUGGGCAAUUGCGGCCAUCCAAUCGUUCAUUAUAUUCUCGACGACGGACGGAAGUUUCUACGCGGCCGGCGCCGUGAACCGCUUCCAGAACGAUCUGCUGCGGGACAUGCGUCGGACGGUGAUCGGCAGUGUGGCCGCGUGUCUCAUGUUCGGCUGGGUGUUCGGCAUGGCCACCGUCGUCGGCGCCGGCAUUCAUUUUGCCGCAAUCGAGAAGCGCACGAUGACCGUCGUCGAGUACAGUGAGAAACUUUACACGCAUUUCGGGUUUUUCGCUGCAAAAAGAUUGGCGAAUUUGAGCCUGCGCCUUUAACGCUACCGUAUACCGUACUUUUCGGAAAUUGAGCGUUGUUAAGAUGAAAUUUUUAAAAAAUUGAGUUGAGAAUCGACAUUUCACGGUCUCCCACGGUGCGAAAGAUUUCAAUGGGGCGCACUUGCAACAGGCGGGCUGUGCCGAUUUACGCGGCGGCCGAUUAAUUAACUUUCAACGGGAGUUCGCGUUCUUUCCAUGUUUUCUGUACAAUACACUUAUUUUUUGUACGCCUGGAACCUGGAUUUGAAUAAUUAGAGCACUAGCUACGUUUUUCUAACAGAAAUCUCGCAUAUCGUUGAGAAUUAGCCGAGUUAUUUCGAUUUGAAGGUUUCGGCCUGGAUUUUGAUGUUUUUCGAAUAGUUUUCGAAAACUGCUCAAGAAAACUAACCGCCGGAACCUGAAUUUUGUGAAGAAAGAUUCAGCGAACAUUUUUAUCGUUCGUUGGGCUCAUGAAAUGCAAAAUGAGCUGAAAUAUAAAGGUUUGAAGUUUUGACGAAAUGCGAAAAAGACGCUAAAAACAUGAAAAACUCUAAACUCUGUAAAGAACGGUUUCCAAUCAGUAAAAUAUUGUUUUCUAGACGUUUUUCAAGUCAAAAAGAAAGAAAUAAAGGUCGUAAACUCGAAUUGAACUGCAUUUUUAGAGCUGCAAAUUUUCAAAAGUUACAACGACACUCCGCAAUUCUCGAGCGCACUGUGUUUAGCAUUAGCGCCCCCUGGGAGACCGUGCAUUUUAGACAGGGAAACUAUGUAAACUCACUCGAGCGGUCAAAAUAUCGAUAAUUCAUUGCAGUUUUUCACAUUUUUCCUGCAAAAAUUCUCUCUCUCUCUCAGGAAAUUUGCUAUUCAACGACGAGAACGUCUACCACUUUCUCUACGUCUUCUUCUUCCAAAGUGCCGCCUUCAAACUGUGGCUCAUCGCCUUCAUGCUCAUUUUUACGGCGUGGCAGUUUUCGAGUCUGGUAGGCGGCCUAACUUUUCACCCGACGCAAAACCUCGUCCACCACCCACGCAGAUGUUGAUGGCCGAGGCGACGGUCGGCUCGUUUUACCGCGUCUUUCGGAGCACCGUACGUCUCCCGCAAUUUGUGAUCCGCUACAAAGUGCUCAGUUUUCACUUUGUCGCCCUUCUCUCUCUUCACUUUUUCCUCGACGUGAGUAUCUUUGGGGGGACUAGCUUUUUCAAGGCCAGCACAUUUUCAGAAGAGCCCUCAGGUGCCGUUUCUGGUUGCUCCGUACACGGUUUUUCUGCAAAUUUUGGCCUUUAACACAAUCCGCUAUCGACGCUUGUUUGCAAUUCUCAUUGUAUGGACGAGCAAAUCCCAAAGACCACCACUCUUUUUUAUUUUCAGUCCGUCACAAAGAUGCGGCGAUUGAAGGUGUACAAUAAGCGCAAAACGAUGGAGAUUUAUCUGCAAUACGUGUUGCCGCUGUUCUCGAUGGUAUGUCGGAUCCUAGGCCACCCAUACUGAUUCAUCUUGAUCGCUCUCUUUGUAAAUGCGUUUUUUUGUGAUCAAAACUGGCAAAGAGCAACAAGAAACUCGCAAAACUGUUUAUGCGUGCAUUUUGUGUCUCUUUGUCAGUUUUCAUCGUUGUGCGAGGGUGAAUCGAGUGGACAGAACGAGUAUUCAUCCGACAGAACACCCAACAAUGCAUUUCCUCUUCCAGCUCCCGGUGCUCUACGACAUGUACGCGAACGGCGUGCUCGUCGCCCGCUUCGCCCUCUUCCCGGUGCUCUUUUGCUCGAUGGCCACCGUGUUCCGACUGGGUCUCCGCAAGCGCAUCCUUUCGGCGUUCCGACCGACGCGCGCGUUUCGGCCCGCAUUCAAUCAGGACUUUGCCGAGUACAAGAAGCAGCGGCGGGCGCUGGAGGGAAAGUUCCCGCACAAAACGAGGACCGAGGUGAAGAGACUGGCGAAGCGGAUUUGGAAGGCCGCCGGAUGA